AAUCCUCUUGAUAUAACCCUUUCUUACAUUGUUCUGGGUUUUCUGAGUGCUGCUGACAACCUCAUGUAUGCAUAUGUCUAUGCCUACCUUCCGGCUGCUGCUGCUGCUCUUAUAGCAUCAUCAUCCCUGGUUUUCUCUGCACUAUUUGGAUAUGCUAUCGUGAAUAAUAAACUGAACGCUUCAAUGAUAAAUGCUCUUGUGGUAAUCACUGCUGCUAUGGCUAUAAUUGCAUUGGAUUCAGACUCUGAUAGAUACAGCAAUGUCACUGACAAACAACACAUCAUGGGGUUUGUCUGGGAUAUCCUGGCAUCAGCCUUUCACGGACUCAUCUUUGCUCUAUCAGAGCCAGUAUUUGUGAAGCUAUUCGGCGGAAGGUCUUUCCAUGUUGUAUUGGAGCAACAAGUCAUGGUUUCUUUAUUUGCCUUUGUGUUUACCACCAUAGGAAUGAUUGUGAACAAGGAUUUCCAGGAGAUGAAAUCCGAGGCCAAAACAUUUGAAGGCGGUGCUAGUGCACAUUACGAAGUUCUCAUAUGGGGUGCCAUCACUUUUCAGUUGUGGAUAUUGGGAGGCACCGCUGUGCUUUUCUUGGCGUCCACUGUGAUGGCUGGUGUUCUCAAUGCAGUAAGGGUGCCCAUUACCAGCAUUGCCGCGGUUAUACUGCUGCACGAUCCCAUGAGCAGUUUCAAGAUCCUCUCACUGCUUAUUACCUUCUGGGGAUUUGCUUCCUACAUCUAUGGAAGUUCCUCAGUGAGUAAAGAUUUACAUUAAUAAUUUUGGAUUGAUUCCUUCUUCUUUCUGCUUUGUAAGCGUGUAUCAUGUGCCUUUAUGGUACAUAAAAACUUUGGUUACCAGUUAUUUCUUGAGUCAGAUGCUGUAAUGCACGCUUUGCAGGUUUGUA